GUUGGAAAUUUAGGGCCGACAACUGAUCGAUGUUUAUGAACGGUGAGAAUGAAAAGUGUUUUAGAGAGCCCAUUUCAAAAUCGGGUUGUUAAAGUUGCAUUUGCAAAUAGUCUGUGUAAGGUCAGGUCACUAAUGACACACAACUGUCAUAUGGCUCAAAUGUAACAGUUUUGUUGCGGAAAUUUGUAAGCUCAAAGACAUUCAAUUCAGUAAUUUGAAAUUUGUCUCAUCACUUAGAAGAUUUGCAUGGACAUUUUCCGAGUAUCGAACACUUUAUUUAUUAAAUGUCGUGUACACCUCGAGCUGAAACUGUGGAUUUGGAUCGGCUGGAGUGCCGAAAAUGCCAGCAUUGCACAGCCGGAUUGUUUGGAAGACGUUUUGUAGUGAGAGAUAAUUUCACUUUUUGCUGCUCCUGCUAUGAGCUGCUCUUCACGCAAAUUUGUUCAUUCUGUAAGCUCAAAAUAGGAAUUGACGACGGCCAAAUGAGCUACCACGAUUUCCACUGGCACGCGACUGCCAAAUGCUUCUCGUGUGCUAGAUGUCGGAAGCCUCUAUUCGGCCAGCCGUUCAUUCCGAGGGGCGAGAGGAUAUUCUGCAGCCUCGUUUGCAGCAAGCUGCAGGAUCAUAGAGGCAACUUAACACUACCUAAUCCCAAGCGGGCUCCGCCCAAACUGCACCAUAACAACCUCGUUUCACCAAACCCAUUUGACAGUCUUCGUCUACCCGAGUUGAAACGAAACGAGAGAAUAAAAACCAACCGAGACCCGAACAACCCGAUGAUUGAGCCAAAUAUUGAAAUAAAACCAGAUUUCAAUUUUAACGACUACUCAAUAUCACUUUUGAGUAAGCCUUCAUUUAUAUUGAGUAGUAAUAACACUACUAAUGGAUUUAAUCAUUUCCAGAAACGAAACUCGUUGCCAAUUUUCGAGACGCUGGCAACCUUAAAUGACCCCUUUUUACCCAAAACUUUUGUAGGCCCGUCUCAAAACACAACUUUCAAAUAUGAAAAAAAUCAAAAAACUGACCUGAUAUCUUCAAGCAAGACAGAUAUGACUAUUAUUGAAGAAGCGAAUACAAGUUGUAUCAAAACUGAUAAAAACGAAUCUGCGUCGGAAAUAAAUGAAGAAGUUGAUAAAAUCAAAUCAACAAGAGAGGUUAAUUUAGAUGCGAACCACAGCGAAAUCUCAAAUAAGCUUACAAUAGAAGAUGUCGAAAAUGACAUAGAUAAUGAGAAGCCCUCGAGUGAAAAUGGCUUAAUUGAAUUUCCCACCGAAAUCAGAAAAACACCUGAUAAAUUGAUUGGCAAAGAAGAAGUCACGACACCUUUUUGUGAAGUAAAACCGGCCCAAGAAUUCACCAGCACUCCAUUGAAUUUGGACUUUUUGAACUCAAAUGACCUCUUGGAUUUCUCGUUUGGAAUCGCUGCUGAUGAAAGACAACAAGAGACGCCCUUCAGAAAAAUUGAUCUUUCGAGCUUGGACUUCGGGACUGUACAAGAUCAAAACUUGGAAAAAGGAAAAGGUAUUGAGAUUGUUAAAUGCGACAGCAGAUCCCAAGUCGAAGAAAAACUUACAGGCGACGACCUAAGUCCUAUAGCAAGCAACAUGACUUCAUUUCGCACCCAAAAACCGUCGUCAAUUCCCUCGCGAUCAUUACCCAACAUACCCUUUGAGCCAAAACAAAAGAAAGAUUGCUCGGGCAAACCCCCCAAAUCGAAGCCCAAAUCCCGACUGAAAAAGACACUUUUUCAAACCAAUAUGGCCUCAACAUCAUGUAAAAGUGUCAGUUUCAACCCUUUGAUUUCCGAGCGACCGAGAAGCGAGUCGUUUUCAAACGAUGAUCUUUCAGCCAAUCAAUUUGCAGAAAAGUCUGCUAUGUAUCCGCAAACCAUUCAACCAGAGGAUGACAUGGAGGAAUAUGUUUAUUUUCAAAACGAGCUUGGGCAAUUUUACAAGGUCAGUUCAAUGUGGUUGAAACGACAAACGAGAGUCCAACAUAAGUGUCGUGGACCGAUUAGUUUGAACGAUUACGAAUCUUCCGAUUCCGAUUCAUCGACAUCAAGCUCAUCAGACGAAGACGAUUUGCCAGACUUUUACUCACCCUAUGUGAGAAACACAUUCAAUGCUAAUUCGGCAUUCAUUCGCCAGAAAAGCUGGGAAAGGAGCCACAAAUCGAGACCCUUGUCCUGCAUUCCAAACUACAUUUCCAGUCGCCAUUCUAAGACUGUAUUUCAGUCAAAACCGGAAGCUGAUUUCGAGUCAAAUAACCGAGCAGAAGCUAAAUUCAAAGUAUUUUCUUUCAAAAGAAAAUGUAGAAGAAACUGUAAAAUCUCCUAGAUUUUUAUCGAUCUAUUUAUCUUAAACGUUGUU